UCAUCUUUUGAUUACAGCCCCUGAAGUCGCAUCUUCUGUACCCGACAAUAUGAAAGACUUGAAAACCUUGGCCAAGACAGAGCUGGGAGAAACAGAAGAAGUGAAACGAGAAUCCUUAGCAGACCUUAAGAAACUUCUCGAUGAAAACAGCCAGAUUCAAAUUCCUCGAGAUGACGACAUCCUCCUCAUGUUUCUUCGUGCCCGAAAAUUCAAGGUACCUGAUACCGUGAGGACAAUCAAGAGAUAUUUGCGUGCUCGCAGAGACAUUCCAGAGUAUUUUGACAACUUGACUCCGUCGAGUAUUCCCUACCAGGCUGUCUUCAACGAACACAAGCUCAUCAUGUACGCGAAGGAAAGAGAUUCCCAAGGAAGGGCUGUCGCUUAUGUCAAUUUUGGUGCCUGGAAUCCAAACAUUUGUUCUAUGGAUGAUUUGGCAAGAUGUGUGUUAGUCGCCCUGGAAUCGGGCCUCCAAGACGAAGAAAUACAGAUUCGCGGAGGUGUAGCACUUGUAGACCUGAAAGGCUUCGGCGCUCGUCACCUGGUGCAGCUCACACCAAAGUUUGCCCGAAGGGUCAUUAUUCUUGCACAGGACACGAUGCCUGUCCGGAUCAAAGGGGUCUACUUCAUAAACUGCCCACCUGUAACAGAGACCCUUUAUGGCCUUGUGAAAUCAUUUCUGUCGGAGAAGCUGCAGAAGCGGCUGCGUUUCAUUGGGAGUGACUUGACGGAACUUUGUGGAGACAUUCCGGCUGAACUGAUGCCACCAGAGUACGGAGGAAAACCGGAAGAUUUCGACUUGCAGAGACAAGAAAAUCUGUUCCUCGGGAAAGCGGAUCACUUCGAAAGAAUGCUGCGUUGUAGCUAUGAAGAAAAGUAA